CCUUGUAUCGAAACCUGCGUCGUCCAUAUCUCAUAAGAAUCCAAUCCUUGGCACUCUCCCCCCAUUAUAUUCUUCCUCUCACUUCCAAUUUUUGUCUAUUAAUGGGCAAAUUAUAUGCAGCUUCAGUACAUAGUUUCUUCAAUACUGAAGAUCGAACCCCUGCGUAUCGCUGUUGUUCUCAGGGUAUUAUACGAAUGUCUAUUUUCAUAUUAUAUAUAAUAUUGCACAUUGCAGGAACGCAUGCUGCCUCACCUCCCGAACUUUACUGGAAGUCCAUGCUUCCCACUACUCCCAUUCCCAAAUCAUUCGCAGAUCUCCUUCACCCUGCUGGUGACGACACCCCCGACCGUGGCUGGACGACCGAACAUAGAAAAGUAUGCAUAAAUUUUUGUUAUGUGAACUCUGACACCAAACUACACGAUAAUGCCAGCAGAGCUCUCUUCUUGUUGGAGAAGGACUUGAAGGCUGGUCACAGAAUGAACUUACUCUUCACGCAAAUCUCUAACCAAGCAUCCUUCCUGCCUCGUGAAGUCGUGAAAUCCAUUCCCUUUUCCUCAAGCAAGAUGGCUGAGAUAUUGAACAACUUUGCUGUGAAGCCUGGGUCAGAAAAAGCUGAGGUUAUGAAUAAUACAAUUAAACUUUGUGAGGAGUCAGGGAUUAAAGGAGAGGAGAAGUAUUGUGCCACGUCAUUGGAAUCCAUGGUUGAUUUUAUCACUUUGAAGCUUGGGAAAGACGUGGAAGCUUUGUCUACGGAAGUGAUGAAGGAUACAAAGCAGCAAGAAUACACAAUAAUGCAAGGAGGGAAGGUGGGAGAGACGAAAGUGGUGGUGUGCCACAAGCUUAAUUAUGUGUUUGCUGUAUUUUAUUGUCAUAAAAUAGAGAACACGGUCACCUAUACGGUAUCCUUGAAGGGGGAUGAUGGGAGCAGAAUAAAAGCCGUGAGUGUAUGUCACAGAGACACGUCACAGUGGAACCCAAAACAUUUGGCCUUCCAAAUGCUAAAAGUGAAACCAGGGAGUGUUCCCAUAUGCCACUUCCUUUUUCAAAGCACCAUUGCGUGGGUUCCCAAACAAAGCUAAGAAUGAAUUUCAUUCCUGAAUCGAGGAGAUGAAGUAUGUGAUUUUGUUGAAAGUCUUUAUUAUCUUUGUUUUGCUUCCCUUGCUAUGUUGUUUUUGGUUCUGGUUUGUGUUCUUUUAGUGACUUGUACUCAUGGCUUUGGUUUUUCUUUGUUAAGUAAAACAUCUGUGGGAAAAAAAAAAUCUUAGCUGAUUACUUAAUUGAACG